AUGCUGCUCUUCCUUUGCAUGCUAGUCCUGUUCUCACAGCCCUGGGGGUACCUGGGAGCAGAAAUGAAGACCUUGGUCCGGAGGUCAGUGACCAACGCCUGCACCCUGGUCAUGUGCGGCCCUGCGGAGAAUGGCCUACCUGGUCGAGAUGGACGAGACGGGAGAGAGGGCCCGAGGGGCGAGAAGGGAGAUCCAGGUUCACCAGGAGCUGUGGGACUAACAGGGAUGCCUGGACCAUCUGGCCCAAUUGGACCCAAAGGGGAUAAUGGCUCUGUUGGAGAACCAGGACCAAAGGGAGACUCUGGACCAGGUGGACCUCCUGGACUUCCAGGUGUUCCUGGUCCAGCUGGAAAAGAUGGUCCCUCUGGAAAGCAGGGGAACAUAGGACCUCAAGGAAAACCAGGCCCAAAGGGAGAGGCUGGACCCAAAGGAGAAGUAGGUGCCCCAGGCACUCAGGGUGCCUCAGGGGCAAGAGGUCCCACAGGACCUAAAGGAGAGAGAGGUACCCCUGGUGAACGUGGAGCCCCUGGAAAUGCUGGAGCAUCAGGACCUGCUGGGGCUGUGGGUCCACAGGGAGCUCCAGGUACCAGGGGUCCCCCAGGACUGAAGGGAGACAGAGGUGCUCCUGGAGACAAAGGAGCCAAAGGUGAAAGUGGGCUUCAAGAUAUUGCUGCUCUGAGGCAGCAGGUGGAGACCUUACAGAGACAGUUACAGAAGCUCCAGGCUGACUUCUCUCACCAUAAGAAAGCCAUGCUCUUCCCUGAUGGCCAAAGUGUGGGGGACAAGAUCUUCAAGACAGCAGGCUCUGUGAAAUUAUUCCAGGGUGCCCAAGAGUUGUGCACACAGGCUGGUGGACAGCUGGCCUCUCCACGCUCUGCAGCUGAGAAUAAGGCCCUGCAGCAGCUGGUCACAGCCCAGAACAAGGCUGCUUUCCUAAGCAUGACAGACAAUGACACAGAAGGCAAAUUCACCUACCCCACCGGGGAGCCUUUAGUCUAUUCCAACUGGGCCCCAGGGGAGCCCAACAACAAUGGCGGGUCGGAGAACUGUGUGGAGAUCUUCACCAACGGCCAGUGGAAUGACAAGACUUGUGGAGAAGAGCGCCUUGUGGUCUGCGAGUUCUGA